AUGCAGGCAGCCACGGCUCCGGGAUCGGACCAUGUUCCGGCCGACUUCUUGGACAUCGCCUAUACGAGAUACUUGCGGAACAUCUAUCACAACUUCAGAAGGAAAGGAUCCACGACCAGUGAAGUACCUCCUAAACAAUCCUUCUUCAUAAGAAGGGCGAUAGGGAAGGUCUUCGGAUUCACCGUCCGUAUGCCUGCUGAGCGUGUUUCACAAGCUCUUCACUAG